UGCUACUAUUACAGGGAGAAUAACAACUACUAUAACAAAAGCUACACGACACCUAAUGCUGUUACUAAUACUUUGUGAGAGCAUCAACUAGCUCCGUUACUAAAAAAAUGAAUAUGUAAAUAAAUAAAUAAAUAAAUGAACUACUGUUGCAUUACUCUGCACCACCCCCUACUCUCACCACUCUCUCACCAGUACCAGUACCAGUACCACUACCACUACAUUGCCUGUCUCUGUCUCUUCUUUGGUUUGUUGACAGAGGUAGCAGCAGUGCAGUGGUGUUCUAGUGUUUCGAAUAUCAGUGAUAGCGCUGGAGUCCACCACAGGCAAAGACGACAUUUUCUCAUUAUAGUAAUAAUAAUGUAAGCUAGCAGUUUUAUCACCUGUAUAUAAUAUAUUUUUCGAGGUCGCUGUCAUAGGAGAUAUGAUUCCUGUUGUGGUCUUCUGCACCGACAACCGUCUCGCCACUAUCCUUCUCGUUGUUGCGUAUCCCUUUCAGUAAAUUCUCUCUUCCAAUACAUCGCCUUUCACUAAAUGAUGGAAUGCAUCCUUUAGAUAACAAUACUCUUCGAACUUCCUACACAUCCAAGCGGAUGGGAAGCGCCAAAAACACCUGGAACACUUACAAGUAUGAGAAACUCUGGGUGGACGAAACCGCAAAAGGCAGGCAACGGGUUGAUAAUUUUGAUAAUAUCAUGCCGUCAAAAUCAACACGUGAAAAGCGAUCUACGGGGAGACUGAAUUUCGGCGAGAAGUCUAAUGGUGUUGGACGUUCGUUAACUGAACUGGAGGAAGAAUUCAUUUACGCUGCAGAAUUCGGAGACAUUCCUACGGUGCAAAGAAUCCUUCAGGAUAAUACAAACUUUAAUAUCGACUAUAAUGACAUUCUGGGUCGCACACCGCUUCGUCUGGCAGUCGGCAAUGAGCAUCUGGAGGUGGUUGAACUACUUCUUGAUAGAUGCAACUCCACAACUAUCCAUGAAGCACUCUUGCAAGCUAUUAGUGCUGGUCACGAAAAUAUAGCUGAAACCAUUCUGAAACAUCCCAAAUAUAAAGACAUCAAAAGAGAAAAUAAACGUUUUGGAGAAACAGACUACUUCUAUAACCAGACAAGCGAAGAUUCACCAUUUUCCUCCGAUAUCACACCGCUUAUUUUAGCAGCAGAACGUAACCAGUUUGAAAUAGUUCAACUAUUGUUAUUAAGAGGUGACACUAUUCAGAAACCGCAUCACUAUUACUGCGCAUGUCAGGAAUGUAAUAACAAGUUGCAGUUCGACCAAUUGAGACUUGCCAAAACAAGGCUCAAUGCAUACCGGGGUUUAGCAAGCGGUGCAUACAUAUCCUUAUCAAGUAAGGAUCCGGUUCUCACUGCAUUUGAACUCGCUCAAGAAUUAAGAGAUGUAGCACGGGUCGAGAAAUAUUUCAAGAAUGAUUAUCUCUCAUUAGCUGACCAGCUGAGUCAGUAUGUCGUCAAAUUGCUCGAUAAAGUACGAGGACAUGACGAGCUUGAGAUAUUGUUGAACAAAAGUGGACAGUCCAGUGAAGAUGAAACAUAUGAACUCCUAUCACGUUUGAAAAUGGCAAUACAGUUCAACGAGAAAAAGUUCGUUGCACAUCCCAGUUGCCAGCAGAAACUUGUUAGCAUCUGGUAUUCGAAUUUUCGUACUCUAGAAAGGUCAAACUGGAUAACACGAAUUAUGAUUAUGACUUUAGUCACAACCACAUAUCCAAUCCUCGCAAUAGUGUAUUGGUUUGCACCUAAAUCCAAAUUACAGAAGAUCCUACGCUGUCCGUGUAUUAAGUUCAUUGGCCACACAAUGAUGUUUGUCGUGUUCCUCAUAAUGAUCAUAAUUUCCACAUUCACUGAACUCCCAGAUGCAAAGAAAUCGUUACUAUAUAAAAUACCCAAAGCAAAUAGUAGCUAUCAGUAUUUCAGAAACAUUACCUCGUCGCCUUACCCCAAAGACUUUGUGAUCCGAACAUAUGAACCGGAAAUCAUACAUAUUUUAAUUUCAAUAUGGAUUGUUGGUAUGCUCUGGCAGGAGAUGAAGCAAGUCUACGCUGCAGGCAUUCACAACUACUUUGACUCUUUGUAUAAUUACUUGGACUUCGCCGUCCUUACACUUUACAUAACCUCAUUUACAUUGCGCUAUUUAAGUAUUAUUAAGGUGCGCAUCUCAUUAGAAUAUUUUGCUUCAAACGAUUCCUGGACGCUAUUAUUUAAUAAGGAUAAAACUGCCGAAUCAUACUGGUACUGGUUGCUUGCAGAUCGCUGUUAUUGGAUUGCACUUGAUCCGCACAAUAUUGCAGAAUCGUUGUUUGCUAUUGCUAAUGUGAUUAGCUUUACACGUGUAUCAUACGUUCUACCGGCGAAUGAACAUUUUGGACCCAUGCAAAUUUCAUUGGGAAAAAUGAUAGGGGACAUUAUAAAGUUUGCUGUAAUUAUAAGUGUCGUUAUAUUCGCUUUUAUGGUGGGUUUAUACAACCUAUAUUGGUACUACAGCAUCCGUAAAAUAGUUGAGAUAAGAGACCAUAACGUCAAACCACAAGCUGAGAAAUUCUUUGGCAAUUUGGACAAUACGUUUCGGACAGUAUUCUGGUCCCUGUUUGGCAAAGGUGAGGCCUCAGUAGUUGAGCUAGACGGCUUCAGUCAUUAUUUUACCCGCAAUGUAGGCUACUGGAUUUUCGGUGCAUAUAACAUUAGUACUGUGAUCGUGCUUUUAAACAUGCUCAUAGCAAUGAUGACAAGGUCAUUCGAAUGUAUCCAGACGGAAGCGGAUACUGAAUGGAAAUUUGCUCGCAGUAAGCUUUAUAUGGAAUACAUCCAAGAGGACUGUACUCUACCGGUGCCAUUUAACAUUAUACCAAGUUUCAAAUCUAUUUUCUAUAUUUUGCGAUUCUUUUACCGUCUUUUUGUUAAAAAAGAAGAAUCUGGUAUGGUAAGACAUCCCGGUCGAAUAAAAGACGUUGAGCUUUAUGCAAUGCCAAGUGGACGUCGGCAAGGCAUCACGCAGUUAGAUGCAAGUGCUUGGGAAACUGAUUCACCUCACUUGAAGGGAAUUAAGCAUUUCCAAGAGAGAAUGUCGACGACAAAUGGCUUUGUGCGGAACGAUUCAGACCCUUCGAUAUGUUCCCAAAAGCUUACGUAUCAGCGGGUUAUGAAGCGAAUUGUUAAGCGUUACAUAUUCGAUAUGCAGAGGGAAAACGACACAAAUGAAGGUGAUUUUGAUGAACUAAAACAGGAUAUUUCCAGUUUCCGUUAUGAAAUGCUAAACCACAUAUCAACGCAUCAAAAUGACAAGAAAGUCAAUCAGGAACAGAUAAGCCAGUUACGAUCCAGAGUGGACGAACUGGUUCGACAGAACGACAUCAUAUUGAGUUUGUUACAGAGAGAAUCGGGUAAAAAACGCAUGACAGAUUUGGAUGCGUGUUUUGACAGUUCUGAUAACUCAACGCUCGAUAUUUACGGGGGCAAUAUAAAUGAAUCAACCAGUGCCCAUGAGAGUGUUCAGGAUUUAUCUGAUAUGAGUACUUCGCAACAUUUAUCCGAUGAAUCGCGAAGUGAAAAACAAGACAGCUUUGAUAAAGCAGACCCUAACGGCAAAGAAGAAACGCACAUUCAUGUUGAUGUAGAACUUGAUAAAGAUGAUACGCCGAAUGAUGGAAAAGACGAUAUAUCUCUCUAAGGGAAGAGAAUAAUCCUGAAUAUUUUCAUUGAUUCGCCUCAAUUUCAAUAAUGAUUGAUUAUAUAUAUAUUCAUAUAUAUACAUUUUUAUAUAUGUGUAUAUAUACAUUUAUAUGUAUAUAUAUAUAUAUAUAUAUAUACAUAUUCAUAUAUACUAUAUAUAUAUAUAUUAUAUAUAUGAAAAACUGAGAUAAUACACAACCAGUCAAUAAAAAUAGCAACUAAAUUUGUUUUUAAUUGCAUUUAUGUGGAAUUAAUUUGAACAAUUCAGUAAUCUAUUUUUUAACCAAAUUUUCUUCAAAUAUCCAAUGAGAACUCUUUCAGAUGCUUGUUAAUUGUUAAUGAUUAGAGACAGAACAAGGAGAAAGAUUUAUAGGCAGACAAUCUGAAGAAGUUUUAAUUUACAGUUUACGUAACUUCCUCUAUUCUUUCAAGUAUAACCUCAUUCUGGUACGCCUUGUCUCAAAUUAUAUUUUGUUGUGAAUUUUGUGUGCACGAAUGUGUAAAAGAGGAUAUAUUGAACGUAAGAGAAAGCUCGAAUGUGAGUGAUAUUCACUCAACAAUUUGUUAUACAUGAACUAUAUAUCCGAUAUUGUUAAAAUUCCUUUACUCGAGAGUUAAAUUUGGCCUUUGUUAUUGGAUAUAACAUUGUAUGCUGAGAUUUGUAAACACAACAUUACGUCUAAUUUUGGAAUGGCGGAUGUAGUUCUUGUUGCAUAGUGCCACAGACAAACAACCACAACUUUAGUCCACCGGAAAGAUAGGAUUCCUCGCUAUUAAAAUUAGUUCUGAGUUACAACGUCGUCUUCGUGUUAAAGAAAAAUCUGUUAUGUCUUUCAGUAUCUUGCCAAUCCUGUCUACACAACUUUAGGUAUUGAUUAUGUUUAAAACAGACAUGCUUUCAUUUGAGAAAGAUUAAUUUUGGGAUCAAAUCUAGUUCCAAAAAAAAAAGAAAAAAAAGGAACUUAUAUACAAAUGUCAACAAAAUUUUGGAAGAAAUCGUUAGUUAUUUACCCGAAAC